GGACGAGGAGCUGGCUGGGGGGACCCCGCGCGCGCGCUCUCUCCUCUGCGCCCUAGCCAGCGCUCCGCCGCCCCUGGGGCUCCGGCGCAAGGCGGGUCUGCGCCCCCGGCCCGCGCCUCCCCCCCUCGGCAGUGCCGCAGUGGCCGAGCCCUUCCUCUCGCCCGGCCCGCCCCGCCCGUGGUCCAGCCUCUCCCCGCCGGAGGACGGAGCAGCCGCCGCCAGCCAGCAGCGAGAGGAGCGCGAUCUCCCUGCGGCGCGCUCGGCUCCCGGAGGCGGCGGCGGUGGCGGCGGCGAACGGAGGCAGCCCAUGGCGGCCACCGAGAUAGCGCGCCAGGUGGGAGAAGGCUGCCGUACCGUUCCUCUUUCUGGCCAUGUAGGAUUCGAUAGCCUGCCAGACCAGCUGGUAAAUAAAUCGGUUAGCCAUGGAUUCUGUUUCAACAUCCUGUGUGUGGGGGAAACGGGCCUUGGGAAAUCAACGCUGAUGGACGCCCUUUUCAACACCAAGUUUGAAGGUGAACCGGCCUCUCACUCACAGCCGGGAGUUCAGCUGAAAUCCAGUACUUACGAUCUUCAGGAAAGCAACGUCCACCUGAAGCUGACCAUCGUUAGCACAAUGGGCUUCGGAGACCAGAUUAACAAAGAGGACAGCUAUAAGCCCAUUGUGGAGUUCAUCGACGCCCAGUUCGAAGCUUACCUGCAAGAGGAACUGAAAAUCAGGCGGGUGCUGCACAGCUACCACGAUUCCCGGAUCCACGCCUGCUUGUACUUCAUCGCCCCAACAGGCCACUCAUUGAAAUCUCUGGACUUGGUAACCAUGAAGAAGCUAGACAGUAAGGUAAAUAUCAUUCCUAUUAUCGCCAAAUCGGAUGCCAUUUCCAAGAGCGAACUGACCAAAUUCAAAAUUAAGAUCACGAGUGAGCUCGUCAGCAACGGGGUGCAAAUCUACCAGUUCCCUACAGACGACGAGUCCGUGGCAGAAAUCAACGGGACGAUGAAUGCCCACUUACCAUUUGCAGUGAUCGGCAGCACAGAGGAAGUCAAAAUAGGAAACAAAGUGAUGAAGGCGCGUCAGUAUCCCUGGGGGACGGUGCAGGUGGAAAAUGAAGCCCAUUGUGACUUUGUGAAGCUAAGAGAGAUGUUGAUCCGUGUCAACAUGGAGGAUCUCCGGGAGCAAACGCACACGCGCCAUUACGAGUUGUACCGGCGAUGCAAACUGGAAGAAAUGGGAUUUAAGGACACCGAUCCAGACAGCAAGCCGUUCAGUUUACAAGAAACAUAUGAGGCCAAAAGGAACGAGUUCUUGGGAGAGCUACAGAAAAAGGAAGAGGAGAUGAGACAGAUGUUUGUCCAGAGAGUCAAGGAGAAAGAAGCAGAGCUGAAAGAGGCCGAGAAAGAGCUGCACGAGAAAUUUGAUCGCCUGAAGAAACUGCAUCAGGACGAGAAGAAGAAGCUGGAGGACAAGAAGAAGUCCCUGGAUGACGAGCAAAACACGUUCAAGCAACGGAAGACGGCCACAGAAUUGCUCCAGUCUCAGGCUCAGCAGGCCGGAGGGUCACAGACUCUGAAAAGAGACAAGGAGAGAAAGAAUUCAGGUUUCCUGUAGAUCCCUUCCUUUUGCACCAGCAACGGCUGCCCCACAUUUUGCGUUAACCCACAGCCCACCCCUCUCUACCCAUUUCUCCACCUUCUCCCCAGUGCAACCUCUUGCUCUGUUUGCCGUUUCCCUAAACACCCAAAGAGGCUCUACUCUCUUGACUGUUUUGGUGAAGAACUCGGCCAUCUUUUUUUUUUCUUGGAGCUGCUGAGAGAGGUUCCGAGCCCGUUGUCUGCCUGAGCCUGUUCUGCCAGAAGCUUGCAGGAGACAUUCCUUCUCAUCUCAUUAUUGCAUCGAUGUGCGUGUGUGUGUGUGUGUGUGUGUGUGUGUGUGUGUGUGUGUGUGUGUGUGUGCAUGGGAAGGCCGCAUGUAUCCUAACGGGUUGUGCCUCAUGCUGUGACACCUGAGCCCUGUCGUGGAUUCUUUUGUGAAGGUGGCAAAAAAAAAAAAAAAGGGUGCAUCAAGGGUUACUUUUGGGUUUGUUUUAGAGAGGACUAGUCAUCAUGAGUAUUUUAUUCAUUGCAUUUUCGGCUGCAUUUUGACUGUUGCAGAGUUUGCAAUGAUGCAAAAUUCUUAAGGGUUAGAAAUACAGGAAACCCCUGAAGAUCGCAGGGGAAAUGUUCCACGGAAGUACCAUGAAAGUUAAAACGGCAGUAUUCAAAACUUAAGCCUAACUUGAAAAAUUGGGUUCGGUUCCUGGGAGUUCCUGAGAAGCAGCAGCGAGAGCUGUUCAUUUGUGUUUAACUUUUUAAUCCCCAGCUCUUUCUCAGCUGAGAAGUGGCAUGGGCUGCUCAUUCAGGGGUUGGGGGAAUUUAAAAGUUAAAACAAAUAAACAGCCCACCACUGCAGGAACUCCCAGAAACUUAACAUAAAAACAUAAAAGAAUCGGGAGAGCCAAUCACAGAUUUCCAUAAUCUCAGCUAGCCUGGUCCUAGUCAGAGAGGCAGCCUAACCCUUAAACAGCUUUACUCAGGAGUAAGUCCAACUAAGUUCAGUUGAACUUAUUUCCUAGGAGGCACUUGAACAAAAUUCAUACUGCUUCCAAAGGAUUGUGCUUAGAGUUGCAUCCAAGCACCCGUUUAGUGGCAAAUAAGGCCUUUGAUAGAUAUGGAGCUUGUUUCCAAGUUAGUAUUGCAAGAUCAUUCUUUCAGGUUAAUCAGAUUCAGAUAUUUUGCCUGGCUGUGUUAGUCGACUGUCUUCUACAAAUCUGGCCUCUUGUGGUUGUUUGUUUAAAGUAUAUAAAGUAUAUAAACUAUGGCUGGUUUUUUUUAAAAAAAUGGUAAGUAUUUUUCUUUCCAACAGUGGAAAGAAACCAUGUGUUUACAUUUUUAGAAAUCCUUUGUUGGGUUUUUAAAUCACCUUUUUCAAUGUGAUUCAGUACUCACACUGAAACUUUUGUUUUGUUUUCAUACUGGAAAUCUUGGUUUGGUGGGGAAACUAAAAAGGGAAAUGGAAAUGUUAAUUUUGUUUUGAAUCUGUCGAUUUUUAUUUCACUUCGAUUUGCAAAACAAUUUGAUCAGAUUUUUUAAUGGGUUUUGCGGUCUUUUGACAUGGUAAUUUAUCAAACCUUGCAGAACUAGUCUAGUUUUUAAAAGGAAUAAUGAGCAAAGGAGUUAGGAACAUAGGAAGCUGCCAUAUCCUGAGUCAGACCAUUGGUCUAUCUAGCUCAGUAUUGUCUUCACAGGCUGGCAGCUGGAAGAUAGUUGGAGAGUUGGAAGCUAGAACAAAAUAAAACCAACGUAGAAAUAAAGGCUCUUCCCACCCCCACCCCAGUUAACCAUGGGCACAUUCACACUAGACUUAAACUGGUUUCAUAUGCAUCUCCUUCUCCAGAGAAUGCUGGGAACGGUACUCCUGUACAGGGUAGUGGUGGUGGUGCUUUGGAUUUCUAGCAGAAUUCCAAGUCUACUCACCAAGCCACAGUUCUCAGCCUUCUUUGGUGGAAGCCAUGACACUUAAAGUGGUAGGAAACAGAUACAUGUUUUUCAUGUGUGCAUGCUCUGUAUGUUGUUUUGGGUAUCUAAAAAGAGCAAAUUGGAUUCCCCAGAGUUUACAGUCCUCAAACCUAGACAGGUUUUACUGGACCGGACUGGGUGGAGGCAGAUUUCAGUUGCCAUCAUCCUGUCCCCUCUCACCACCUUGGUCUUUCCUGCCACUUGGACAGGAAGAGAAAACUAGCCUGGAAAGCAAUUUGGAAGGUUUGGUCUGAUCAGAGGUGCACCCAGGUAGUUUUGGAGCCUGGACCUAAAGGCCUUUGGAGCCCCGCCCCCCCUGCAAGUUAAGCAUCACUUUUUAACAUGUAGGUUCUUGAGGGCACAAACCGCACCACCCAGGACAGACUAAAGAUGAUUUGGUGGAGGCCCUGGACUUCAGCCCCUAAGUCCAGGGCUAAGAACGCCUCUGGGUCUAAUCUGGAGACAGUAUUUUUAAAAGUAUUUAGUAUUUAGUAAAAAAUACUAAAAGACAGUAUUUUCUAAGAGGAAUUUGGUCCAUUAAGUUUGAAUAUAUCAAGCAAGCUUGUGAAACAGUCAAGUGAUGUUUGCAGCAGAAUAUACCUUUGCCCCACUGACUGGAGAAUCGAGAGCCCCCCCGAGCACCUAUAAUCUGUUUAGUGUCCAGAUGUAUACCUUCCCAACACCUACACCUAUACCUACCUCCCCAACACACACCCACACCCCGCCCCCAUAGGCAUGACUACAUUAUUCUUACCAGGAUUUCUAGGCAUGCAAGGAUAUUUAGAAUGAGGGCAUUAUUCUUGGAUUAUGAAGUAUUUUUUCCUAGUGAAAUCAUUGCACUGAAUGAACAUGGUUCUAAAUUGGUAUGGUCCCCUUAUAUGUACCUAAAUGUGUAUCUAUGUGUUACCCUGUCAGAGUCUAUAUUUUUGAUGGGAAAACUUUUUAAAAUAAACUUCUUUCCGACAAUAA